AUGGCAGACCACGAGGCCGCGCUGGCGGCGGUGCGGUUUGAUGGCUACGCGCUCCGGUAUGCAGCCGAGGAGUCCAGGGCGGACCGCGAGAUUGUCCUUGCGGCGGUGCGGCAGUAUGGCUGGGCGCUCAUGUGGGCAGCCGAGCCACUCAAGGCGGACCGCGAGAUUGUCCUUGCGGCGGUGCAGCAGGAAGGCAGCGCGCUCCAUUGUGCAGCGGAGCAGCUCAAGGCGGACCGCGAGAUUGUCCUUGCGGCGGUGCAGCAGGAUGGCAGCGCGCUCGAGUGGGCAGCCGAGCCGCUCACGGCGGACCGCGAGAUUGUCCUUGCGGCGGUGCGGCAGGAUGGCAGCGCGCUCGAGUACGCAGCCGAGCAGCUCAAUGCUGACCGCGAGUUUAUGCUGGCGGCGGUACAGCAGAAUGGCGACGCGCUCAAGUAUGCAGCGGAGGAGCUCAAGGCGGACCGCGAGAUUGUCCUUGCGGCGGUGCAGCAGGAUGGCAGCGCGCUCGAAAUUGCAGCCAAACCGCUCAGGGCGGACCGCGAGAUUGUCCUUGCGGCGGUGCAGCAGGAUGGCAGCGCGCUCGAAAUUGCAGCCAAACCGCUCAGGGCGGACCGCGAGAUUGUCCUUGCGGCGGUGCAGCAGGAUGGCAGCGCGCUCGAAAUUGCAGCCAAACCGCUCAGGGCGGACCGCGAGAUUGUCCUUGCGGCGGUGCAGCAGGAUGGCAGCGCGCUCGAAAUUGCAGCCAAACCGCUCAGGGCGGACCGCGAGAUUGUCCUUGCGGCGGUGCGGCAGGAUGGCGAGGCGCUCGAGUCUGCAGCCAAACCGCUCAGGGCGGACCGCGAGAUUGUCCUUGCGGCGGUGCAGCAGGAUGGCAGCGCGCUCGAAAUUGCAGCCAAACCGCUCAGGGCGGACCGCGAGAUUGUCCUUGCGGCGGUGCGGCAGGAUGGCGAGGCGCUCGAGUCUGCAGCCAGGCGGCUCAAGGCAGACAACGGCUUCGUGCUCGAGGCCUCUCGUCUCAACUCCGAGGCACACGAGGCGGCCGCUCGUCUCCUCGGCGCGGACGCGCUUCGAGAGCUGGAGGCGUCCGCCCAAAAUCACUUCCGCGUCAAACUCGUCUUUCUCGGGCACGGCGGCGCUGGCAAAACUUGCCUCCGCCGCCGCCUCGCCGAGGAUGUUUUCGCCGAUCAGCUGCCAGCCACGGACGGGAUCGAGAUGAGCGAGCUCGAGGACGGGAGCGAGACGCAAGAUCUCCGGCUGAGCGUCUACUUGUGGGACCUCGGCGGGCAGGACGAGUACAUGUCAACGCACCCCUUUUUUAUCGACGGCUUCGCGCUCUACGCUCUCGUUGUCGAUCUGGAGCGCUACGUACGCAGCAAUGGCGACAACGUCGCGUCGUCGCUGCGCUUCCUGCGCACCGCCCGCGCCCGUGCCCCCGUCGCGCCGAUUGCGCUCAUCGGCACGCAUGCCGACAGCGCCGAGGUGACGGAGCCCAGCGGCGUGAUUCGGCAGCUGCAGCGCGAGCUGGACAAUGCGUGCCCAGGUGGCAUCACGCCCACCCUCGUCUUUGUGGUCAGCUCGAAGGACGGGACUGGCGUCGACAGCUUGCGUGCGGAGCUGGCAGCGCAUGCGGUUACCCUCGAUCACGUGCAAGACACUGUGCCGGCGCCGACAGUCAAGCUGCACGAGGAGCUGCGCAGCCGCGCGGCCGACUCGCCGCACCUGCCACUGCGCCAGGUCGUCUCUCUUGCCACGAGUGACGCGUGCCGCGUGACCGUCGCUGGCAAGCCGCCUGCAACCAUUCCCGACGAGUCUUCGGCGCUUCGCGCCCUCAAAAAGCUGUCGGGCUGGGGCGCCAUCCACUAUCGCGACUCGUCGAUGCUGCGUGAGACUGUUGUGCUGCGGCCGCAGUGGCUCGCCGACGCGAUGGCGUGCAUCAUCGGCCCCAAGCAGGCUGCGGCGGAGAGCGCUGGGGCAAUCACGCGCGCUCGUGCGCAGCAGCGCUGCGCGCUCCUUGCCAAUGGCCGGCUAGAGCACGCGCGUAUCGACGAGCUCUGGUCCGCCGAGACGAUCGACGGCUUCGACGUGAGCAACGUCGCGCUGCGCCCAUACCUCCUCGCGACGAUGCACGCCUUUGAGCUGGCCUACCCACUGCUCGACGCAGAGGGCAAGCCGACCGGCGCUAGCCUCGUGCCGUCGAUGCUGCCCUCCCUCCGCCCAAGCGGCGCUGCGCCCUUUGCCGGCCUCGUACCUGAUUCGCUCGUCGCCAAGAUGGAAAUUCGGCUUAGCUUCCUGCCGCCGGAGCUCUUUCCACGCCUGAUCGUGCGGCUGCAGCAGUAUGUGAAGGCUGGCGAUUGCUGGUUCGACGCGCGCGCGCUCUCGAGCGGUGGCAUGCUUCUUGCUCGCGGCGAGGGCGCUGGUAUCAGCCGGGCAGCCAUAACGAUGGGCGGCUGCUUCGACGCAGCCGGUGGGUGGUUCACGAGUGCCGCCUUCGCGACGAGCAUCAUCAUCGACGCACGCGGUGCGCACCCGACCGCUCUCCGCGGCCUUGCGUGGCGAUGCCUCAAAACGCUGCAGACCGAGUACGAUGGUGUCAAGGCGGCGGUCUCGCUACUGUCGAGUGCGGGCAACGCCGUCGACCUCGAGGAUGCGCGCGAGACCAUUCGUGAAGACAGGGAGGUGCGCUCGCGUGGCGAGGUUUUGCUCGUCGACGAUCUUAAGCCUGGCGCCCUCGUCACCGGCGCCCGCGACGCUGACGAACGCCGCUUCGACGGCGACCUCGCGACCGCGCCUCCUGGGCCUGGAAACUGGCGUGCGCGGACGGUGGCCUUCUUUGAGAGCACAUACCUCCCGGCCGACAUGCAUGGCCGCAGCGCCCCGCCGUUGCUGUGGCUGCUCGUGCCAACCGAAGCUGCGGUCGAGGACGGCUCGUGGCUCGAUCACUCACAGUGGGCGCCCGCGACGUUUGAGCUCCGGGCGCUCUCGGAGCCGCCAGAGGAGGAGUGGGGAUGGGCGCUGACGACGCUCCGCGUGCCAUUUGACGUGACCUCGCAGGCGCUUGUCCACGCGACGCCUUACCUGCUGCGGAUGCUGCGUGUUGUGUUGCGUGUCGGCGUGCGCGAUCUGGCGGCGGCAGUGGCGCGAGACCUAGGACGGCUCGUUUCUGCCGUUGAGGCCAAGGCGGCGAUCAUCGUCGGAGAUGCCGCCGACGAGCAGCCCCCACCCGCACAGCGACGGCGCCUCGAGGGGCCUUCGCAGGCGGAUGCGCGGCCGGUGCUGACGCCGAAGGCACCUUACCUUGACUGGCGAGCGCUUGGCGACGCAGCCUUGGCAGCCUCGGCAGACGGCGGGAUGCUCAUCGUCCCGGACCCGUCCCGCACGCGAGCCGUCUGGAUGGCGCGUCAGCAUUUGCCGGCGUCGCUUCGCGCUAUGAUGCUUCAGAACGACCACCUGCAGAACGAGCUUGCACGCUUGCGCAAUUUGGAGCUGACCUAUCCCUCCACCUGGCUUCUUGGUGCCGAUGGCUCUCCGCAGCAGGGGCUGAUCGAGGUGCCUGCCUCCUCGACUGAGUAUGCGGAGGUCGCGCAGCGGCUUCUUUCAAAGCUGCCAGAGGCGACAGUGCUGGGAGUAAAGCGGGUGCAGAACGAAGGGCUCUACCGCCGCUUCUGGCAGGAGCGGAAGGAGAAGGAGUCCUUACUCGGCGACCCCAAUGAGCGGCGGCUCUGGAUGAGCAGCGGCGACACGCAGCCCGACGUGCUGUGCAACAGCAGAUACGGUUUCGAUCCGACCUACUACUUGCGCGGCGGCAAAUACGGCAGCUACGGUGCUGCCGUGUACUUCGCCUAUGAGCCGUUGUACUCGCACUUCUUCCGCGAGUGCACCGCGCCGCCGCCGCUGGAGGGGAGUCAGCUUAUCCUCGCACAGGUGGUGCUUGGCGAGGUCAAGGAUUUUGGGGCAGCGUAUGGUCAGAUGGUUGACGGCAGACAGCAGAUUCGAAACCUCGAGCGCGAGCCCGUCAAACCUGACGGCGGCCACUAUGACUCAUGGUGCGGCACGGAGGGCGACUUGAAAUGGGUUAGAGAGGACAAAGCCAAGUGCGAGCGGCAUAUGACGGGCCGGACGCCUGCCACUUGCGACGCGUGCGAGCGCGUCAAAGCUCACUGCCGGGUGCUCAAAGCAGACGGCAAGCGCUAUGGUAAGCAGUACAUGAUUGCGCGCUCCGAAAAGGCCUAUCCCGAGUACGUGCUGCGGUACACGCUUCCUUAG